AAUUUUACCUGCAGAUAAUUUUAUCUGUAAAUGAUUUAUAAUUUUAUAUAAUCAAGUUAAAAUAUUAUACCAUAUUGCUUAACGCAAGUGCAACUGCAUAUACACAUAUACAUAUACAUAUAAUAAAUGUUUUUUGUAUAUAGUACAAUAUUUGCAUAUAAGUUUAACUACAUGAUAGCGUUUUACAGUGACUUAUAGCUUAUCAUUUAUGAUUCGUAUUUAUCUUACGAUAUUAGAGAUUAUAAAGUAAUAUUUUAUUUUCGCAUGAGAAAGAUAAGCUUAUAAUUUUUGGUAUAUCACGAAAUAUACUAUCACUUAUAAAAAGAAUUAUUAUAAGAAUCUGUAUUGUAUGAUAUAUUUUAAAUCUUUAGAUAAAAUGAAGUUUUUAUUUCGAUUUCGUACGACAUAUUUUGUAAAAUCAUAUUUUUAUUUAAAAAUGCAUGAAAAAAUGAAUUAUUUGAAGUUUGUACGUUAUAUGGUAUGCGUGAUACACAUUUGUAUUUGAUUCUUCAUACUAAAACUAAAAACGAAAAUAGCAUUCGCCAAAAGUUUUAUACAUACAAAUUAAAUAAAUAUUCGAAACAAUCGUAAGCAACUCCGUAAAUUACCGUUAAUUAUUUCAAUCAAAGUUAUCCAUGGAUUAGAUUGAGUAGUGGUAGUACCUAGAUCUUAAUGCAACUUCAAGAUUUACUUGUGCUGAAUACGUAAAUACUUUAUUAAAUCUUAUAUUAUGAUAUAGUCUGAAAUAUGUGUGUGUGUGUGUGUGCGCGCGCGCGCGCGCGCGUGUGCGUGUGUGUGCUUAUGUGCUUAUUUGCGCAUAAUCCCAAUCUUGCGUAUUUUACAGAUAGCGAUUCGCAUAUAAUUAAUCAUGUUCUAUAGAUAUCCAAGGAAUUUUGAUUUCAUGAAGAUUAGAUUAACAGAUCACGCCAUUAUAUUGCUUCGUAAAAGUCAUAUGCUAGACGUAUAAAUAAUCAGAACAAUUUUAUAUGUUAUAUUUAUGCCUCACUGUAAAGGUUGUUAUCAUAUAUUAGUACAUUUUAGAUUUAGAAUUUUAGCAUUAUAUCUAAAUGAAAGCAAAACUUUCCUGUUCUUACUUUCUGUUAAUAGUCAAUUAAUCUACGUUCAUAUUUAGAUCACACAAUUUUAGAUGACGCUCAUAUUAGACAGUUAGAUUACUCACGAAAAAACAAAAGCUACUCUACUAGUAAAAAUAAAUAUGGAAGAACCAUAGUUCUGUUCUAUCCAAUUAUUAUCUACGAAAGAGAGAGAAAAAGAGACAGAGAAGAGGAAGAAAGAAAGAGAAAAAAACAAAAAUUUUAUCAAGAUAUCCUACACCUCGGCGGAAGAGGUAACAAUUCGGCUAUACAUUCGGCCGUAAACCGAGUGGCUCUCGAAGCUGGCGCGAACGCAAAGUCUUUAUAAAUGCGUUGCGUUCGUUUAUGACUUCCAGUCAGUAGGAGAUCGGCCUUUUGACGAGAACGAUACGUCAUGACAUGCGCGUAGAAUAUACGUCGUUUUUUUCUCCAUAUUAUUCUCCGUCUUUUCCAUCCACCACCUUCUUGACAUUUAUUGAAGCCUUGAUCAUGACGACGAUUACACAUCAUAUCGUUGCAUGCUGCUAGAAGUCCGUGAACAAUGCAAACAAGCUUAUGCUGCGGAAUGAAAACUGCUUUUUGAGAUAAUAGUACACCAAAUAGAGGUUGAAAAUGCUUGACAUCAUAAGGCUAUUUCUCGAUCCUUUCUUGUUGAUUGUGCUCUUCCUUGGAAGUUUAUACUUUUAUCUUACCGGAACUUUUGAUUUUUGGAAAUGCCGUGGCGUGCCAUUCAAAAAACCAGCUAUACUCGUUGGUAACUUUGGUUCCAUGCUGCUGUUCCGAAAGUCGCAACCAGAAGGCGUUAAAGAGAUGUAUGAGUGGUUUAAAAACGAAAGAUAUUUUGGAGUGUUUCGCGUGAGAUCACCUGUGUUGAUCUUACGGGACCCCAACUUGGUGAAGAAUAUAUGCGUGAAAGAUUUCGCAUGCUUUAUGAACCGUGGGAUUCCGAAUAACACUCAGGAUCCACUUUUCGGAAAUCUGUUUAAUCUCGAAGGGCACGAAUGGAAAAGCCUCAGAUCGAAAUUAACGCCUGCGUUUUCGUCGGGUAAGCUGAAGCGAAUGUUCUACCUGCUGGUGGAGUGCUGCAUGGAGUUCCAGAAGCUCAUCGACACGAGUUGCAGCAUAGAUCGGGCAAUCGAAGUACGGGAACUGGCAACGAAAUUCACUAUCGACGUCAUCGGCAGUUGCGCCUUCGGCAUACAGAUAAACGCACUCACCGACGAGGAAUGUGAGUUUCACAGGAUGGUGAAGAGGCUCUCGAAGCCAAGUUACAAGGCCACUCUUUGGAGGAUGCUGCGAACGGCUGUACCGAAAUUAUACAAAUUGCUGGGCGUGCAGGUCAUCGAUCCGAGCGUAACCAGAUUCUUCAAGGGUGUCGUGUCGCAAAUGAUCAGUCAGAGGGAGAAUAAUUGCAUUAGGCGACACGAUUUCAUGGAUCUACUGAUCGAGCUGAAGAACAAGGGCGCUUUAGAUAAUGACGCUAGAAAGGUGCAAAUCGGUAGCAAUAAAGAUGCGCAAGCGGCAAAAGAUAAGAUAUUGGACGAAAACACUAUUGCGGCACAAGCAUUUGUUUUCUUCGUCGCUGGUUACGAAACGUCCUCGAAUACAAUCGCGUUCUGCCUUUAUGAAUUAGCUCUGAACCAAGAGAUUCAAGAAAAGACCAGGCAAGAGAUCUAUGAUGUCAUUAAUGCACAAAAUGGGAAAUUAACUUAUGAUGCAGUGCAGGAAAUGAAAUAUCUUGAUAUGGUAAUAUUAGAGACCCUGAGGAAGUAUCCAUCAGCUCCGUUACUUUCUCGAAAGUGCGAGUACAAGUACCAGAUACCGGAUAGCAAAGUGGAACUACCAGCUGGUAUGCGGGUGAUCAUACCGAUUUAUGGCCUUCAUCACGAUCCAAAUUAUUAUCCCGACCCAGCGACUUUCAACCCCGAGAGAUUCACAGAGGAAAAUAGACGCACGAGGCAUCCUUACACGUAUCUUCCAUUUGGAGAAGGACCGCGAAAUUGUAUAGGAAUGCGUUUUGCGUUAUUACAAAUCAAGAUGGGAAUAAUAUCGUUCCUCAAGAAUCACCAAGUUGACAUAUGUGACAAAUCGAUAGUGCCGAUAAAGUUUAGCAGACGAAGUCUUGUAACAACAAGUGAGACGGGCUUUUGGUUAAAUAUUACUCGAAUUCCCUAAGCAUGUAGAUAUUUUUAAAUUCUUCUUCAAGCUCUUCUUCAAGAAAUUGUUGAUUAAUUUAAUGAUUUUCACAUAAUACGCAUGGUACAGUCUAGCUAGAGGUGUAUAAACAACACACACACACAAGGCGGAGUAACUUUUCAUUUCUCUACUUGAAAUAUUUGGAAAACAAGCGACAAUUUAUUU